UUGUUCUAUGGUAAGUACUUGUUACUCUGAGCAUAAAAUUUCAUACUGUUUUGUUAUGUCGUACUCGAUGUUUGUUGUUCUUUGGACAUUAAUAACCAAUUAACCAGUGGAUUUGUAUUUGAAAGUUUGGAAGAAUUUACAAGUUCUACGAGGUCAGUACAAGGCUCAAAACUCAGUGUCAAAAUCAGCCCGGUGAUCGUUAUCUAAUCUCCGUAUCUACUACGUUUCAGUGCAGAUGACUUUUAUAAGAGCGAUAAAUUUCUCAUGGUGAUACCAGUUCGAUAUGAUCGAUUUCGCUGCGUGUCGGUGGAAAAAAUAUUGACUGAAUAGAUUCUGAAAUAUUAAAAUUACACUAGCCAUAAUUGCAGAAAAAAUGGAAGUGGAAAACUUGUGUGUGAAGGAACCACAAUGGAUAUUGGAUAAAAAGGAUUCGGGGACGCUUUAUUGGAGAAGAAAUUCAUCACAAAACGCAAGGGUGAAGUUCCGCUAUGAAGUGGAAGUCAAGGAAUUCCAGAGAAGCGAGCACGAAUUCGAGAUACCGUUCUGGCUAGAACCAUCAGAUUCCAGCAUAAUCUCCACGGGAGUCAGCGUUAUGUUCUGCAUAACCAUCACCGUCAUCCUGCCAUGGCUGCUCUUCGUAGACAAGUACUGAUUAUUGUACCAAAAUUAUUGAUAGACACAUGGCCGGUUUGUGAAUUUUAUUUAGAAUCGACUGAGCUAUUAAAUCAAACUUUUAGUAUCUUUUCAAACAAUUCAGAAACUGGCCAUUAAUUAUCGCAACUAGGUUAUGACCCAGUUUUCGAUUUUAAAGUAAACCCAAUUUAUGGUGGCACUAAAAUAACGUAUGAUUGUCGAGUUAGAAUUAACUUCCUCCGGCUUUGUUGGAUAUUUUUGUACUUUUUACUGAUGAGAAAAUGUUGUAUUAUUUUGGCAACUGAAAAAUCUGUAAGAGAAUCUUGUUGUUGGUGUAUACAAAAUGGUGACUGGAUGAAUGAGAUUGUUGUUUCUUUUAGAGUGUGAUUUCCUACAUAGGAAACUUAUUUUAUGGCAUUACGAUGUGGUUUUAUAGAUUAUUCAGUAUGUGUGAUAAUUUGUGUAUAUUACCUAAAUUUAAUUGAUAGACACUUGUGAUAUUAGUUUUAUAGUCUCAUUGCUAAUAAGAGUCGUUUAUGUUAUUUUUUACUAAAGAAAAUAUUUACUACAACGACCUUUCGGAGACCUUUAGUAAUACUAAAUGUAUUUUAAAUAAACUAUGUAGUAAUAUAUUUUAUACUUGUUGACUUUAUCUGUGCAAUGCUAUUUAUUACUUGUGUACGUUAUACGUUGAAAUAAAAAUAUACCUACUCGAUG